ACGACAUAAACAUUAGGAUAGGCAUCUUUCAGUUGUAUUUAUGCAGCUUGAUAAAGGACAGUAGAUCUAGUUUGUUGCUCAUACUGCCUUGAUUCGGAUGUAAAGUGUACCACUUGGAAAUCAAGGCCAUAUAACGUCUUUUUUUCAACAGAAACGUUCGUCUAUAUCACGGAAAUUUCGCCGAGUUGAUUCGAAUUUUAUUUUGAAAAUUGGACAGGAAGUACCUCAUCGCGUACCCUUUUGUAACAAAAAAUGCAUUAUACCUGCGUUUUUGCAUUUCUAGCAUUGUAGAGAAUUCGGGAAAAGGAAUAUAAGAUGGCGAAAACCAUCCAGGGUGGAAAUGAAUGGACACAGGCUUCCUCAGUGACGGAACCACUGAACCUAUCGAAACCCAAGUCCGACCAGCCGACCGACACGGUAAAGCAAACAUUGAAAUCACUGAUCAAGUCACGGAGAAUUGCAGAAGGAAAGGGCGAUUUGCAUGUUGAUUUUACCGUGGAAAAGUCAAGAUGCGAGCUAACCCCAGAGGAGAAAACAAAGCAGAGGGAAAGGAAAGAACAAAAUAGACGAGCAGCUAUGAGGUGCAGGGAACGUAAAAAAGAAGAACUAAAAUGUUUGCAAAAAGAAGAAAAUUCAUUGAGGCAGCGUCGUCAGAUUUUAAUGGCUAGAGUUGAAAACUUGCUUAUUGAAAAGGAGAAACUUUUGCAGACUAUUCGUUCAACGGGGCAUGUCUCAUCUUGUUCUUGUGCAAAUUCAGAGGGGAGCUGCAUUAACUGCUUGUCUAUCAGUAACACAAGUGUGCAUUCUGAAUCCUCCAGCAGUUCAAAAGAUGGCCCUGAAGCAAUGAUAAUAUCUCCAGACAGCUGUGACAGUGACACAGACAGUGGAAAUGAAGACGAUGAUGAUGACGACGAUGAUGAAGCUGGUCGUCUUUAUAUUGAUACUAGUGCAAGGAAUGACGAUUCGGAGGUUCUUGAUUUGAGUUUUUCAAAGGAGAAAUAUGUCCACAUGGAAUUCACCGACUCUGACAGCCAGCCCUGCAGUUCACAGGAAAGCGUUUCCAGUCAGAAAUUUAGCCUGUACGAAGUGGUCAAGCCAGUAGCGAUAUAUUCCAAUAAACAUAGUGAAGCAUUGAAUAAAUUUUCGGUAUCUAACGUCUUUGAAGUGAAAGAGGAGCCAACAGACAUGGAAGAUUCAGACUAUAUUAUGAGUUCGCAGGAGAGUACCCAUUCACUUUACAGCUCCCAAGACAGCAUUGAUGGAAGCUUUUUGAAGCACGGGGGUCGAACUUGUGAUGUUUCUUGCGACUGACAUUCAGAUAAAAUGUAAAUAAUGAGGGCUUUUUUUGCAUUCAGAUGUAUGAAUUUUGUACAUUUAGGCCCGCAGAAUGAUGCUAAACUAUUUCUAAUCAAAGCUUGUGUUCGUCUCUGGGAAAUGGUCCAAUUUUUCUCAAUUUUUAAAAUCAGAAGAUAAUAACAAUUUUAAAAAAAAAUCCUUGACACAGUCACCUUAUUAUAUAUAUUGUAAAAACAAUAAACAUUUUCCAAACUGA